CUCUCCAUCCUCCCCCUCCCCCUCCUCCUCCGCAACAUCCUCAUCUCCUCCAUCUCCUCCUCGCGCCUCCUGCUCCCCCCCUCCCUCGCCGCCCUCUCCUUCCUCGCCUCCUCCCCAUCCCCCCUCCUAAACCCCGACCGCAACCCCCUCCUCCGCGCCCUCCUCAGGCGCACCUUCUACGCCCACUUCUGCGCCGGCGAAACACCCACGGAGGUCUCCCGCACUAUCGAAUCACUUAGAUCAAUGGGCUACAAGGGCGUCAUGCUCUGCUACGCACGCGAAGUCGUCCUCGAUGCCCACGCCGCCGCCGCCCUCGAAGCAUCAGGCGGCAAAGCCUCACGAGCAACCCUGACAAACGAGAUCCCCCUCUGGGCGCAGGGGACCCUCAAGACCGUAUCCCUCGUGGCCCCCGGCGGAUUCGUGGCCGUCAAGCUCACCGGCGCGGGAAGCCAAGCCCUCUACAACCUCUCGCACAACCUCCCACCCAGCCCCGCCCUCGAAGACGCAAUCGCAUCCGUCUGCGACCUCGCCGCGACCCGCGGCGUCCGCCUCGUCUUCGACGCCGAGCAGGCUGCUCUCCAGACUGGCAUCGACGCCUGGGUCCUCGACCUCAUGCGUCGCUACAACAAGAAAUCCGCCGUCGUCUACUCAACAUACCAAGCGUACCUCAAAGCCUGCCCUGAAGUCCUCGCGCGCCACCUCGCCGUCGCGAGGAAGGAGGGGUUCGUCGCCGGCGUGAAACUAGUGAGGGGGGCCUACAUCAACUCCGAUCCGCGAUACCUCAUCAAUGACACAAAGGAGGACACGGAUACCAUGUACGACGCCCUCGCCGAGUCCGUCCUCCGCCGCACCUACAACGCCGUCCUGCGCCCCGCCACUAGCGAAGAGUCGGACACCUUCCCAGAAGUCAGCCUCGCCCUCGCAUCCCACAACCCCUCCUCCGUCCGCCUCGCCAUGGCCAUCCAAGAAUCCCAAGCCGCAGCCGGCGAAGCGCGCAUCGAGCUCGUUUACGGCCAGCUCCAGGGCAUGGCGGACGAAGUGAGCUGCGAGCUUGUCCAGCGCGCCGUUGAGGUGGAAGGGCAGGUUGUGGUGGGGGGGGAGGCGAGGAUGGUGGUGCCGCAGGCGUAUAAGUAUCUUGUGUGGGGGACGACGGGGGAGUGUAUGAGGUACCUUGCGAGGAGGGCGCAGGAGAACAAGGAUGCGGUUGAGCGGACGAGGGAGGGGAGGGACCUGAUGGCCAGGGAGGCGGUGAGGAGGGCUAGGGGGUUUUUUGGGUGGUAGAUGAGUGGGAUUGGGGGUGUGGAGGGGAGAUGUUUUUGAAAAAUGCGAGGCUUGGCGGAUUUGGCAAAUGGGAAGGGGGGGAUGAAGUAGGUGGUGUUCAAGAUUCGUUUUUUUUUCUCGCACUACAAGCGCUAGAUGGAGCGUCGGGGAGUUUGGGAGAUUAUCAUCUGCUCUUUUUGGUUUUGGAGCCUGAGCUGGAGUUUUUGGAAGUUCAGCGUCCCUUUCAUGUGGCGGGCGAGGGAGUUCUCUUGUUCGUUUCUUCCUGGUUGGGAGAUGACGGUAGAUAGAGAAGCAAAGAUGAGAAGUUCAAGAUAUAAUUCAUGACUGCUGUCUUUGGUGUUGGGUGAGGUGUUUUGGGUUUCUAUCGUGAGUUGGGACACUUUGGGGGUCUGGACUUUUCGGUACUGAGGAGGCUACGAAGCUUGGGAGUCCAAUUCUUAAACUGCAGUGUCCGUGGUAUUGCCUGGAUUGUUUUCGUUUCUAUCGUGAGCCGGGAUACCGUGGGGGUUCUGGCCUUUCCGGUGAUGAGGAGGGUAGUCGUCCUCGCUCAAUUUUCCUUUCGGAGCUCAAGUCUUUCUUUGAACAUAUAUAUCUACUGUCUAAUCCAAGGCCCGACCCGCCUUGGCAAAGAAUCCCAAUACCUAAAUCCCUUCCAUCCUUUGUCUCCACCUCCCGCCCCAUUUCCAGCACUCCCAGCACCCCCAGUCCUUCCUCCUCCCCCAUCCCGAUUAGGAAAUAAUAAUUUAGAUAGCCUGGAGGUCGGUUCUGUAAUUAUUGUUCAGCCCCACUCUAUCGAGAUUAGCAGAGAGCGAAUUCCUUUGUUCUGCGCGGCGUGGUGUGGGGCGGCAAGGGCGGCUAGUAAUAGGAGGGCCGCCUGGUUCGGUGUGAACUCCUCCUUCUUCUUUUCUGCAACAACACCAAGGAUCCAACAUCACAGUAUAUCUGUGAUUACUUACUCUUUCUUCGGAUUCUUCGUGUGGUUAUUACUUCUUGGCUUCGGCCUUGCAACGCCUACCUUUUUCUACUCCGUACUUCCUCCUCAACAACACAUUCUACCCUCUUCAGCAAAACAACCACGCUCUCACCCUCCCCGCUUACCUUUCCCCCUCCGGCUUCACGGCCCUGCCCUGUCCUCGGCUUCCUUCCUGUACCUGCGAAUUGAUUUUGCGACUCUCCGUCGCCUCUCCUUCUCUUACCCUCAGCUCAUCCUUCCUCCCCUUUAUCUUGCGCAUCUCAAGAUGUCUAGAAACCAAUCCUCCCAAUCAAGGCACGGAAUUGGCAACACGGAGCUCCGGCUGAACUCACUCGGCAUAGCGACGAACUCGGCCGGGGAUCUCGUCUAUCUCGCAGAUAGAGAGAUCCCCCUUCCCUUAGACGAACUCGCUGAAGCAAUGAUGGCCGUCCAUUACCCCGGCUGUAUGCCGCUUUAUACAGGGCAUGCUCGGGAUCACCAGGCCACCCCAACCCGUCCGCCAGGACUACCCAGCCCGAGACGUCGAAACUCGCAGUUGUUGUUAAGUAUCCCGCAGGGUCUCGGAGAUAACCACCAGCAGCAUACAGCUGCUCAGGAGGCCGCACCAACGGUCUCCGUGACCAGUCCAGCUCCGACCUCAACUCCAGUCGCGGCUCUAGCCGCAGACGCAGCUGUCUCCGAGGCAAAAGGCCGGACCAGCCGAGGUGUUUUUGUCCGUCUCGGUGGCUACUUCACCACUGACCAGCUUCGAGACUCGGAGCUCAUUUUCCCGCCUCAAACGAUGCAGGGCAAGCCCAUGGUUGCGCAAGGACCGUCUUCGGCAGGUGCUGCGAACACCCUCCCUUCUGCCACGCUUCCUUCUGCCGCGCCCCAAGGCAGCGUUUUCUACAUACCGCAGGCACCAGCAGCUACCGCUGCCGCUUUUGUUCCGCGAGCCACUGCGGCUCCCUUCGUUCCUGCAUUCUCGGCGGCUUCAAGAAGCCUUACGUCAACUGCUCCAGCGGCCGCUGCGAUGAGCAGCUCCCUGGCUGUCGUCCGCCCAUCGACUCCCCAAACGGCAGUUCCGAUGCCAGCAUCCUCAGGAGCACCAGAUACCGGCAAGCUUCGAAUUACAGUCAAGCUGCCACAGGCCUCUUCCGGAGCUGCACCGCAGCCAGUGCCCGGCACUCUCGUCGUGGCAUCGGACCUCAGGGUCGUCAUACUCAUGGGGGUACCCCCAUUAACUUCCCUGAAGCAAGUGUCGGACUCUAUUUCCUCGGGUCUGUUUGGGGCGGUUUUCGCCAUUACGUUCGGGAACCAGGAUGGUAAACGUCUGGCAAGCAUCGUCUUUCGGGAUGCGGUGGCGGUGGAUACACAUCCAGGCGCAACUCCAGGUGCCGCUGGAUACCUCCGGGCAAUGAGGGCCGCGAUCUUGCAGCCGUGGGCGGAUAGAGAUCGGAUUUUGUGGCCGUUCCCGGACGGAUGGUCGAUCGAUAUUCAAGUGCAUCCACGGGAGGCUUGCGACCUUAUCCGAGCCAUGCGGCCGGACCGCGAAAGAGGAACGCCAGCGAUUUCGCGCCGGCUCUCCAUGGUUGGUCCGAGUGGCCUAUUCAAUGAGUUUAGGUAUCACGACAUUCUGCGUGUUGUCCAGGCGCGGGGCAAAAUCCUAGGAGCCAGAGUUCAGCACCUGUUUAUUUACAACGGGGGCAAUGCGACGAUGAUUUUCGCCGAUGUAGAAUCUGCGCAGAAGGCGUUGUGCCACUUGGAGGAACACAACAGCCAAUAUCCGAAGGAAAAGAGGGUCACCGUAACGCACUCCAAGUGCCCCGGUGAAGUCCUGGUCCAGUUCGAAAAGGACCGGGCUUAUAUUACCCACUUGAAGAACAAUCCUCGGAAGUGAACAGAUCGUUUAUUGGGAUUCCAACGGAUGGAGAGAGAGCCGCCUUUGUUUUUCCAGCGGUAGCAUUCGUGUUUUCCGUACGUGGGCGGUCUCUCUCCUCCGUCCCCUUUUGGCCGGUCGUCGUCUUGCUGCUCUUAUCCGCGGUUGGUCUGGCAUUGCGAUCUUUGUCUUGCCGCAGCGGUUUCCUUUUUUUCUUUACGAGCUGCUGUACGUGGAUAGCAAUGCCAGGCCUUCCCGCCAUCCAACAUAGUUGUGCUGCUCUGCGCGUUGUCAUCUUCUGGAUUCCCCGUUCACCUCUCCUGGUAUGUAGCGGGGGUUGCUGCCUUUGUUGUUCCACAGCAGCUCCGGGCUGCUGUACGUGGGCAGCAACUCCUGGCCUCUUCCUCCGAAGUGCUUCAGUGCUUGAACCAAGGUCCCAUGGGACCUGGUCCGGUUGGCGUGCUUUCCGAAUCGACUUUUGUUGAGGAUUUUCAUGAACCUAAGAGUUCUCCAUCUUCAGUUGGGUGGUGAUAUUUCUCCUCGCCAUCGACCAGCCCACCCAAGAUCUUUACAAAUCAGUAUCGGACACCGUAUUAUCACCGAAGUUGGUACCGGAACUAUUCGGCAGUUUCACAACUCGACUUGUCUUGGUGGCUUUUGGCUCCCUCAUCUGGUUUUACUUCUUCGCCGGCCUUGACUUCUUUUUCGACAAUGGUUCCUUUCUCGUCAUUGGCUCAUCUUCAACAUUAGUUAUCUUCGAUAUUGGCUUUGCUUUCGACAUUGGUUCAUCUCUAGCAUUGGCUUUUCUUUGGGCAUCGACUACUCUAUCGACUUUUGCGCGCACGUUCGUCAACU